ACCCCGAGGAUGCGGGUCCUCAGGCCCAGAACCCUCCUCCUGCUCCUGUCGGGGGCCCUGGCCGUGACCCAGACCUGCGCGGGCUCCCACUCCCUGAGGUAUUUGGGCACCGCGGUGUCCCGGCCCGGCCGCGGGGAACCCCGGUACUUGGAAGUCGGCUACGUGGACGACACGCAGUUCGUGCGGUUUGACAGCGACGCCCCGAGUCCGAGGACGGAGCCGCGCGUGCAGUGGUUGAAGCGGGAGGGACCGGAGUAUUGGGAGCAGGAGACGCGGGGCGCCAAGGACACCGCACAGGCUUUCCGAGUGGGCCUGAACACGUUGCGCGGCUACUACAACCAGAGCGAGGCCGGAUCUCACACCAUCCAGUGGCUGUCUGCCUGCGAAGUGGGGCCCGAUUGGCGCCUCCUCCGAGGAUACUGGCAGUUCGCCUACGACGGCGCGGACUACAUCGCCCUGAACGAGGACCUGCGCUCCUGGACCGCGGCGGACACGGCGGCGCAGAUCACCCGCCGCAAGUGGGAAGAGGCCGGGGCAGCGGAGCACCAGAGGAACGACCUGCAGGUCACGUGCGUCGAGUGGCUCCGGAAGUACCUGGAGAAGGGGAACAAGACGCUGCUGCGCACAGACCCCCCGAAGACACACAUCACCCACUACCCCACUUCUAAGCAUGACAUCACCCUGAAGUGCUGGGCCCUGGGUUUCUAUCCUGCGGGGAUCAUCCUGACCUGGCAGCGUGAUGGGGAGGACCUGACUCAGGACAUGGAGUUUGUAGAGACCAGGCCUUCUGGGGAAGGGACCUUCCAGAAGUGGGCAUCUGUGGUGGUGCCUUUGGGAGAGGAGCAGAGAUACACGUGCCUCGUGCAGCACGAGGGGCUGCCCAAACCCCUCAUGCUGAAAUGGGAGUCCCCUCCUCAGCGCAGCAUUCCCAUGGUGGGCAUUGUUGCUGGGCUGGUUUCCUUUGUGGUCACUGGUGCUGUGGUGGUUGGAGCUGUCAUAUGGAGGAAGUAGAGCCCAGGUGGAAGAAGAAGGAGUUAUGCUCAGUCUGCAUUGUGAGCCAGCUGCCUCGGGGGACUGAGUGAUGCAAGAUUUGUUCACUUUCCCACUUUGUGAACAAUGCCCCUGAUUUCUCUUUUUGCAAAGGGCAUCUGCAUGUGUCCUUGUUCCAAAUAACAUAAAGUAAGGAGGUGGGGAGACUACCGCCCCCCCGACCCCAUCCCACAGUGACCUCGGUUCUCUUUCCUCAUCUGCUUUUAUGAUCCAGCAGAGGGAGAGUGGGCCUCUCCAUCCCUGUCUUUCCUUUAUGUUUCACUGAGUCACAACUUCUUGCACAUAGGACUCUGCAUGUGAAUUUGUUUUU